AUGUUGAACGAAACGCUGAAUGCGCUGGCGCAGCGCAAGUUCGAGUGCACUGUCGAAGGCCAGCCCGACCUAUACGGCCUGGGCAUCCGCCUCGGCAUCUAUAUCCAGAUGCUGGCGGUGCAAAUCUCGGGGCUGCUGAGUCUAGUGCUGCGCCAAGACGACUAUUUAGGAGAGGGAGUCGUCAUCUUCAUCCUCGCCGUCGGCAGCGUCCUCGUCAAACUCAUUGUCAACAAGGGUAUUCUCGCCGUCGAGGCUGCGCCCAUGCUUGCCUUGCUGCUGGCGCAGGUUGGCUCGUGUCGCUUCAUCGCCGGGUUGGGCAUCGUUCUCGGCAUCAUCUAUGCGGUCGAGUUUUGCGGACUGUCUGCGCUCUUUGUCUGGUUUUGGUGGUACGGCAUGGAUGUCCUCGGGCACUCACCCUGCGCGGACGACAAGGUCUUCUUUUUUGCCAAGGUCAGCCUCUGGGGGUGGUUCCGAACCAUGAACAAGGUUUUUGCUGUCAUCACGGCGCUUGCGGCGGCGAUAAUGGCUAUCACGUUCUUUUUUGGCUACUCUACUGCGAUCCUGUUAUACGUCGUUGCUUGGAUCCGGCGACUUCGCGGCCGGAAGGAUGAGCCCUCAAGCGAGGACAAUGCCGAUGAACUCGGCGACGUCAGUGAUGACAAUUCGAAUGUCAACUAUAAGAACGCCUUCGAGAUUUCUGUCAAUAUUGGCGUUAUUGCCUUUGUCGAGAUGACCUUGAAAUGGAACAACAUUACAGGCGUCCACUCAUUAAGGGACCCGGGCCAGUUCAUGCCGUUUCUGAUUGCGUUGGCGCAGCUUUUGGCAAUCAUCUACCAGGGCGUCUCGAAGGUUCUUCACCUCACAAUGGCGGAAGAUGGGGCAGGAUUUGAUGACGAUGGUGACGAGACUGGGUGCAAACAUGAGGAUAAAAGAAAGCUACUGAGGCGUGCGAAGAAAUAUGAUGACGCCGGACAGGAUGGUGUCGAACUUGCAUAG